GAUUAGAAAAUGACUACUCCAAAGACCAAAACAGCAAGAGAGAGCCAAGACAGAGAAAAAAAAGAGAAUAGUAAUAAUGUUAUAGUAUAUGGUUAUAGUUAUAUAGCUAUCUAUGCUUUUGGUUUUAUCUAUCUUCGCAGAAAAUGAAAAUCAAACAAACAAGAAAGCAUACAUCACAAGUUUGAACCUCUUGCAUUAGUUUAUAUAGUUUUCUUUUUCAAGCUUUAAAUAUUUUUGGUUUCAUUCAAGUUUGGUUUAUGGAUUUUUCUUGUCUUUUGGCUGAACGAUACACUCAGCCAAGUAGCCAACAACUCUCUCUUUAAAGAACCAUCCAAAAGAAUUUAUGUUCACUUUCUUGGCUUUUGCUAAUCUUAAACCAUUGUUUUCUUCCUUGUACUGACUGAAACUAAUAAAAACCUUUGAAAGUUAGUGGUUUUUUUCUUCUUCUCUUUCACUUUCUUGGCCUUAUUACUAUAUAGUUUCUUAUCACUUUUUUCUAAUAUGCAAAUGAUUCCUGGUGACCCUUUUUCACUAUCCACUUCACUUGGAGGGUUUACUACUCAAGAGCAAAACACAAACCCUAACCCUAAACCUAAUGCUCCUUCUGUCCCCAAGAAGAAGAGAAAUCUUCCAGGAACACCAGAUCCAGAUGCCGAGGUCAUUGCUCUCUCACCGAAGACACUCAUGGCAACAAACAGAUUCAUCUGUGAAAUAUGCAACAAAGGGUUCCAAAGAGAUCAAAACCUUCAACUACAUAGAAGAGGACACAACCUUCCAUGGAAGCUUAGACAGAGAUCCAACAAAGAUGUUAUCAAGAAGAAAGUUUACAUCUGUCCAGAGAAGACCUGUGUCCACCAUGACCCUUCAAGAGCACUUGGUGACCUCACAGGUAUAAAAAAGCACUUUAGUAGAAAGCACGGUGAGAAGAAGUGGAAAUGUGAAAAAUGUUCCAAAAAAUAUGCAGUCCAAUCUGAUUGGAAAGCUCAUACAAAAACAUGUGGUACAAGAGAAUACAAAUGUGACUGUGGCACCCUCUUCUCAAGAAAGGAUAGUUUCAUUACACAUAGAGCCUUUUGUGAUGCAUUGGCAGAAGAGAGUGCAAGAGUAACUUCAGUUACAACAACAAAUCUAAAUUUUAAGAAUGAAGAAGGUAGUGCUAUGAUGAAUCCACAUUCACAUUCACAACAUGGUUUAUCACAUGGAAUACUUCAAAAUAUAGGUGGAAUUCCACAUCCACAAUUUGGCUCACAUGGAUUUCAUCAUGUAGAUUUCAAUGGAAUUGGAAACAAAAACACUAUGAUUAUGGAGCAACAAAGGCCAAGUUUAUCACUUUGGUUAAACCAAGGGAAUCAUGAAAUGGGACAAAGUUCUAAUUCCCUUUUUGGUUCUUCUGGUUUAUCUGAGAUAGUUCAAAUGGGAAAUGCUGCUACUAAUAAUAAUAAUAAUAAUGCCUUGAUUUGUUCUUCUUCAUCAUCAAUGUUUGGUAUACCUGCUUCAAAUUCAACAUCUGCUGCAAAUCUUUCUCUAUCAAAACCUGCUUCUUCCGGUUCUGUUACUGUUUCUGCUACACCAAUGUCAGCUACUGCUCUUCUGCAAAAAGCAGCUCAAAUGGGUUCAACUAGAAGCAAUACUAGUAAUGAUAAUAACAACCCUUCCAUUUUUAGUUCUAGUUUUGGUGUAAUGACAUCACCUUCUUCUUCUACUAGUUCAGCUAUGUUGGGAAAUAGUAGUGCAGGUGCAGCUGCUAAUGCUAAUUAUAGCUCAAAUAGUAGUUUUGAUCAAUUUUUUAUGCAUGGACCACAAAGUGAUCAACAAGGGAAAUUGAAUAUUAUGCACCAUGGUGGUUCUGGUUCUGGUUCAAACUCUAUGGAUCAAGUACAACAUAGUAAUUUGACAAGAGAUUUUCUUGGUGUGAGUGGUGGAGGAAGAACUGGUCCACCUCAGUUUCUACCUCAAGAGAUAGCAAAAUUUGCUUCUUCCAUUCAAUUCACAGGUAAUCAGUGAAGUUAUUAUGUUCAAAUUGAAGUUGAGGGUUUAUUGGGAAAUUCAUUGAAGUUUUUGGUGUUUGGUGAGAACUUGUUUAGUGUAAUAGGAGUACUUUUGAGGGAUUAACAAACAAACAAACAGUUCAGAAAGGUUUGUGUGGGGACAGGGGGGGUCCACACUGCAUGUAUUUGAAGGAAUAGUGAACACAACCCAAGUCAUGCAUGUUUGUCCUAGUAAAAUGGUUAAUGUUGUUUUAUCUUCUAUCUUAACCUUGUCAUCGUUUAUAAUUUGU